AUGGGAGAUUCCAAACCCUCCGGAGGCGGCGGCGGCGGCGGCGGCGGCGGCGGGAGCGGGCUGCAGCUCGAUCUGGACACGUUCGGCCGCCGCCUGAAGCUUCUCUACGACAGCUGGCGAAAGGACGAAAGCCGUUCGUGGGGUAACACAAGCGCGUUCGCCGUCGCGACUCCCCCGGCGAGCGAGGACAUGCGGUACCUCAAGUCGUCGGCGCUGCAGAUCUGGUUACUGGGUUACGAAUUCCCCGAGACCGUCAUGGUGUUUCUGCAGGGCGGCGGAGCCGGCGGGGAAGGCGGCGGAAGCGGCGGAGCGGUGCACGUGGUGUGCAGCCAGAAGAAGGCGCAGCAUCUGGAGGCCGUCAGGCGCGUGUGCGCGGAGAAAUCCGGCGGAGUGGAGAUGGUGCUGCAUCCCAAGCCUCGCAGCGAGGACGGGUCCUCCCAGAUGGCGCAGGUCAUCGACGCCAUCCGAGCCUCCGGCGCAGGCUCGGCAGGCGGAGGUCCGGUGCGGCUGGGCGUGCUAGCAAAGGAGGCUCCGGAGGGGGCGAUCAUGGAGAAAUGGGCGGCGGCAGUGGAGGCAGCAGCGGGUGGGGGGGAGGGCGGGGAGAGCGGUGGAGAGGGGUUGGAGACGGUGGAUGUGGGUCCGGCGCUGGGGGAUGUUCUGGCGGUGAAGGAUGAUGGUGAGGUGAUCAACAUCAAGAAGGCUGCGUUCCUUAGUGCUCAAGCGCUCAAGGCGUUCGUGGUGCCGAAGAUGGAGGUGCUGAUAGACGAGGAGCGCAGCAUGACACAUGCGGAGCUGAUGGAGCAGACAGAGGAGGUCAUCACCGACCCCGCCAAGAUCAAAGUCAAGCUCAAGCCCGACAACUGCGACAUCUGCUACCCGCCCGUCUUCCAGAGCGGAGGGCAGUAUGACCUGAGGGCGUCAGCAGUGAGCAGCGAUGAGCCACUGUGUUACGACUCCAUGGGCGUCAUCAUCUGUGCCAUCGGCGCCAGAUACGCCUCCUACUGCUCCAACGUGGCGCGCACUUACCUGAUUGAUGCCACCAAGGCGCAGGAGAAAGCCUAUCAGGUGCUGCUGAGGGCACAGGAAGCAGCGAUUGCAGCGAUCAAGCCGGGGGUACGGCUGGGAGACGUCUACCGGGCAGCAGUGGCGGUGGUGGAGAGGGAGGCCCCAGAGAUGGUGCCUCAUUUGACCAAACACGCCGGCACUGGCAUAGGCAUUGAGUUCCGAGAAGCUGGUUUGACUUUGAACGCCAAGAACGAGCGAACGGUGAAAUCGGGCAUGGCGUUCAACGUGGUGCUGGGGUUGCAUGGCCUGACCAACCCAGAGCUGAGGAAGUAUGCACUUUUGGUUGCGGAUACGGUGACGGUGAGGGGCGCUGCUGACAAGGACCGCUGGGUGGACGUUGCUACUGCUUCUGCCUCUAAAUCAUUCGCUGACGUCGCUUAUUCCCUCAAGGGUGAAGACGAAGAAGAGGACGAAGCAGACAAGGGAAAACGUCCAGCAGAGGCAGCAGGGGCAGGAGAACCUGCUGUGUUCGCCCGUGCUCACCUGCGGUCGGAGAAUCAAGAGGCCACAAAGGAAGAGCUGCGGCGGCAGCACCAGGCGGAGCUGGCGAAGCAGAAGAUCGAAGAGACCGCCCGGCGGCUUGCUGCUGGCGGGCUGGGUGCACGCGAGGGCGAGGGGGCCAAGAGGCAGACGGGGGACCUGGUAUCCUAUGGAGACGUGGACGAAAUUCCCCUCGCGAUGAAGGAUUACAAGAUCCAGGUGGACCAGCGCCACGAGUCAGUCUUACUGCCCAUCUACGGCCUCCUCGUGCCGUUCCACGUGAGCAUGAUCCGCAACGUCACCAGCCAGCAGGACGGAGGUCACAUCUACAUCCGCAUCAUCUUCAACGUGCCCGGCGCCGGCUUCAGCGCUGCGGACCUGCCCAUGCAGAAAUUCCCUGAUAGCAUCUUCAUCAAAGAGCUUUCUUUCAAGUCAACUGACUCCAGACACGCGAAUCAGGUGGUGCAACUGAUCAAGACGAUGAGCAAGCACGUGCGGCAGCGGGAGUCGGAGCGCGCGGAGAGAGCGACACUUGUCACGCAGGAGAAGCUCCAGCUCAGCAAGGGCCGCCCGCCCCGCCUGCCGGACCUCUGGAUUCGACCCUCGUUCGGAGGGAAGGGGCGCAAGCUUACUGGGUCGCUGGAAGCGCAUUUGAACGGGUUUCGGUAUUCCACCGCUAAGCCAGACGAGAGGGUGGAGGUGAUGUAUGGCAACAUCAAGCACGCCUUUUUCCAGCCAGCCGAGAACGAGAUGAUCACGCUGCUGCACUUCCACCUGCACAACCCCAUCAUGGUCGGCAAGAAAAAGACAAAAGACGUGCAGUUUUUCGCCGAGGUCAUGGAGGUGGUGCAAACGGUGGGCGGCUCGCGCCGCUCGGCCUACGACCCGGACGAAAUCGAAGAGGAGCAGAGGGAGCGGGAGCGGCGGAGCAAGAUCAACCGAGAGUUCAAGUCCUUCGUCAGCGCGGUGCAUUCUCUGUGGGAGAAGGAUCGGGAGCUGGCUCGGCUGGACCUCGAAUUCGACGUGCCGUUCCGGGAAUUAGGGUUUCACGGCGUGCCGCACAAGUCGUCCGCGUUCAUCGUACCGACGGUGAACUGCCUCGUGGAGCUUAUCGAAGUGCCCUUCCUGGUGGUCACUCUAAACGAGGUCGAGAUUGUCAAUCUGGAGCGCGUGGGUCUUGGGCAGAAAACUUUCGACAUGGCGAUUGUGUUCAAGGAUUUCAAGCGGGAUGUGCUUCGGAUCGACGCAAUCCCGAGCACGUCGCUCGACUCGGUGAAAGAAUGGCUGAAUUCCAUGAACAUCAAGUACUAUGAGUCGCGGUUGAAUCUCAGCUGGAAGGCAAUUCUGCAGAAUAUUAUGAGCGAUCCCGAGGCUUUUCUGGCGGACGGCGGGUGGGAGUUCCUGAAUCUCGAGGCGUCAGAUAGCGAAGGGGAGGAGUCGGAGGAAUCGCAGGCGUACGAGCCGUCGGAUCUGGAGGAGGCUGCAUCCGACGAUGACGAUGACGAGAGCGAGGAUGAUGAGAGUGUGGUGGAUAUCCCUCCUGGCGUCCUUUCUCCCCGCCUCGCCCAAGGAACCAAUCGACAUGGGCAGGGUGCGCGCAGCUGUGGGGAUGCUGCGUCCGCCCUGCCCCAUUCCAUUUCAUCCAUUUGCACCGCACAGGACCCCCGCCUGCGCCUGCGCCUGCUGCAGUCUCUCCUGGCGUCCUUUCUCCCCGCCUCCCCCAAGGACCCCAUCGACAUGGGCAGGGUGCGCGCAGCUGUGGGGAUGCUGCGAGAGCAGCACGUGCUGGCCGUUGAACCGGACUGGGCGGCCGUGGGGGUGCUAUGUCCGCCCUACCUACCCCAUUCCAUUUCAUUCCCCACCCCCCCCACCCCUCGACCUCCCAUUUGCACCGCACAGGACCCCCGCCUGCGCCUGCGUCUCCUCCAGUCCCUCCUGGCCUCCUUCCUGCCCGCGUCGCCCAAGGAACCUAUUGACAUGGGCAGGGUGCGAACAGCAGUGGGGGUGCUGCAGGAGCAACACGUGCUGGCCGUGGAACCGGACUGGGCCGCCGUGCCGUGGGACCCCCGCUUGCGCCUGCGCCUGCUGCAGUCUCUACUCACGUCCUUCCUGCCAGCCUCCCCCAAGGACCCCAUCGACAUGGGCAGGGACCCUCGUCUGCGUCUGCGUCUCCUCCAGUCUCUGCUCACGUCCUUCCUGCCCGCGUCGCCCAAGGACCCUAUUGACAUGGGCAGGGUGCGCGCGGCGGUGGGAGUGCUGCGGGAGCAACACGUGCUGGCAGUGGAACCGGACUGGGCGGCCGUGGGGAGUAAUAAUGACCCCAGGAGGCGGGCUGUGGACGCGUGGUGCAGCAGGGUGUUCGCGUUACUGGCAUCUCCGCUGCCCGCCAAUCGGUGGGCGGCAUGUGUGCUGGCAGGUGCCACGUGUGCAGAGAGCACAGCCCAGCGCGUGGUUGACACGUACGCCAAGUGGUGGGGGCGGCUAGCCGCCCUGCUGAAGGCGAAUAAGACAAAAGGAGGCGUACGAGAUACGAUGUUUGUGCGUGUGGCUGCUGCUGCUGCCCUUGCUGACCUCUUUUCCAGGCUGGCAACUUUGUCUCAUGUGCAGAGUGUGCGCAAGGAGGCUGGCACUCUGGCCGGCAAGCUUUGGCCGUUUCUGGCGGAGAUGAUGGGCGGCACAGAGAGCACACAGGCAUGGAGCGUGUGCCUUUCGCUGCUCUCGCUGUUGCUUCGCUCCUUCCCCUCCAGCUUCAAGCAUCACGUUCCAGCAAUGGAGGCUCUGCUGGUGGGCAAGCUGUCUUCUCCCAAUGCACCCGCAUCCAUAGUCCAUUCCUGCUGCAGCCUGCUGGUGCUACUCCCCCGUGCCUCCGGUGACCCCUCAUUGUGGUCAGCCUUCAUGCGCCGUCUGCUACUUUCCACGCAUGCGGACCUCGACACUCUGCUCUCGGGCUUCGAGGAUGAAUCUGUGCGAUCCAAGGCCCUGGCAACGCUCCUCCACUCCAAGAGCGCAGCACUACCAGUGCCUCUGGUGCCCGAGCAUGCACACUGGAUCGCUGCUAACUGCACCCAGGACGACCAGCAGCAGCAGGAAUCAGGAGGGCAGGGGCAGCAGGGGCAGCAGGGGCAGCAGGGGCAGCAGGGGCGGAACCAGGCGUCGAAUUCAAGCGCAAACGGCAGCAGCAGCAGCGGGAGCAGCGGAGGAGAUCCCGAGGCGGUGUUUCGGCGGGUGGUGCCGCGGCUGCAGGCGCUGCUGCUGACGUGCCAGCUGACCAUCACCCAGGGGUUCUCUGCUCCGGUCCCAGCGCCCCUCUCCGCGCUGCUGGCCCUCGCCCACCGCCUUGUGUCAGCCGAUGCCGUCAUUCGCCUCACGCAAGUGGAGGGCACAGGGAUGGUCAUACCCCUCUCCCUUCUUGCUUCCAGCUCUGGUGGGCGAGGAGGAGGGAGAGGAGGAGGUGGGGGGGGGGGCGAUGGGUUUGAUGCGGGAGGAGGGCCGGACAGCAUGGGCUCGGCGUUUUCUGCCGCCCGCCAGCUGGCGCUGUGUGUGGAGCUGCCGGCGCUGCAGUGUGCUGGGUUGAGGAUGAUGCUGGCGGCAUUGCAGGGCGUGAGGAACCACAUCCUGCCCCAUGCAGCCACCAUAUCACAUACGCUCGUGUCGGCCUUUCGUCGGACAGCAGCAGCAGGGGACGACGCCACGGCACUGCCCUUCAAGGCGCUGCUCUACCGCACGGCUACUCAGUACCUCUAUGCGCUGGGCGCGGGCAUGAUGACGCAAAUCGCUCCCAUAGUGGUGGGUCGGGGCAUCACAGACCUCGAACAGACCGUGCCGGCGCUCUUCUCGCCAACCAACCAACGCUCGCCAGGUGGCAGCAUGGCAUUCGACGCGGCUCCCGGCGCUGCAGCAGGCAGCAGCGGGAAGCUGGGGGGAGCGGGCAGCGGAGGGGGAAGUGCAGGGGGAGGCGCGGGGGGAGGUGCAACUGGGGCAGGUGUUAUCUCGGGCAGUCAGUGCCUACAGACCGUUGAUCUGCAAAUCGCCAUUCUGGAGGCUCUAGAGGCGCUGCUUGUUGCGGGCGGCCCUCUGUUACUGGAGCACUGGAGGAUGGAGGUCGACGCAGCACUCACCUGCACCGCUGCCAUCGCCCUCGGCACCGGCGGUUACGACUCCAAUUUCAACUCCACUCCCGGUUACAACUCCCCAAGCACGCACGCGCACAUGCCCUGGACGCCCGGGUCCGACCGUGCAAUCAGAUCGCUACAGCUGCCAGCAUCUCGUGCGCUCCUGGCCUCGCUCCUAGCCCCGUGCAAGUACCGUCCACCGUACCUCGGCCAAGCGCUCAGGAUAUUCCGGCAGGGGAGGCAACAACUAGGGACGGAGGUAGCUGCGUUCUGCUCCUUUGCUCUGCUGGCUCUCGAGCCGGUGUUGCAUCCCAGAGGGGGUGCUGGUGGGGGGAUGGGCGGGGGAAUGGGCGGCGGGAUGGGCGGGGGGAUGGGUGGGGGAAUGGGGGAUGGAGGAGCAGGGGGAGGAGGUGGAGUGGGGGCGUAUGGGGGAAUGCUUGGAGCAGCUGGGGCCGGGGGAGGAGGGCUCACAGGGGGAAUGGGUGGGGGGAUGGGGGGUGGGAUGGGGGGAGGGAUGGGAGGGGGGAUGGGCGGGGGUAUGGGAGGGGGGAUCGAGGGAGGAAUGGGAGGGGGAGUGGGUGGUGGUGCCACGGGGCUUGGAGCACUGGGUGGCGACGUUUGGCCGUUAGCGGACCUGUGGACGGAAGUGGACGGGUACGGCACAUUCGGGCACGAUCUGAUGGAGAUCGGGGGAGGUGCAUCUGGUGCAGGUGGUACUGGUGGGGCAGGGGCAGGGGCAGGUGUUGCCACACAGGGAGGAGGUGGCAUGGCCAGUGCACUAGGACAGGCGGCGACUGGUGGAGCCUUGGGAUCAUCUGCUGGAUUUGGGUCCAUGGAGGGGCAAGCAGCAGCAGCAGCAGCAGCAGCAGCAGCAGCAGCAGCAGCUGUGCCUAUGGAUACUGAUGGCGGAUCAGGGACAGGGAGGCAGGUCAAAGAGCAGGCUCGGGCCGGAGGAGGUUCGGCGCUUGCAGGUUCGGCACCUGCAGGUUCGCAUGGUUACGGGGCAAGAAAGGUGGUAACCACGGUGGAGGAGGCAGAUGCUGCUGGGCUGGAGGCUGCUAGGAGGGCCAGGGAGUCCCGAACCAAGGCUGCUGCCAUGGCUCGCAUGCUACAGUGGUCUGGCUACCUAGUGUUGGGGGCUGCUGCUGCUGCUGCUGCUGCUGGGAGGGGGAGGGCUACACCUGGUGGUGCUGCAGCUGCUCCGUCAACUGGAUUUGAAUCUGACUCUGAUGGCCCGUUGCCUGAAAUUGUAGUAGAGGAUGACCUUGAGUUUUGA